CAUUCAAUCAAAUCACAGAAGGCUAGUAUGGUUUCUCAACUUUUAAGCUGAAGUUUGGUUUCAUCACCUGCUUCUCUCCCCUUGAUAUUGUUGGGUUCCUUCAAAGUGGGCAAAAGGGUCUCAAUGCUGACACUUCCUUUUUGUAGAGGGGUAUUUUUGGGAUUUUGGUUUUUUUUACUAUUGGCUGUGACAACCUGCUAUGGUGACAAUGAGACAGCAGAGGUGAUUGGAAUUGUAGAAUGUGCAAAUUGCACACAGAAGAAUUUUAAGACCAGCCAGACCUUUUCAGGGCUUCAUGUCACCAUUGAUUGCAAGUCCACAAAUGGAAAGCUCAAAACAGCUGGGGUUAGUGAACUUGAUGAAGAAGGAAAAUUCACAGUAUCUCUUCCUAAUGGGAUUGCAAAAAAUGGAGAAUUGAAAGAGGAUUGCUUUGCACAGCUUCACAGCGCAACUGGUGCACUAUGUGGUCUCCACAACGAUCAAGAGGCCUCAAAUAUAAUCUUCAAGUCCGUAGCCAAUGGGAAACAAACCUUUGGCCUAUCUGGGAAGCUACAAUUUUCUCCGAUGACCUGUGUUUCAGCCUUCUUGUGGCCUUUUUUCAAGCACCCGCCAUUGCCCCAUUUGCCUCAUUGGCCAAAGUUGCCACAUUGGCCAGGGAUACCAAUUAAAUAUCCUCCACCCCAACCAGAGGGCUCACCACCAGCUCCUGUUUACAACAAGCCACUUUCUCCACCACCAACAUUCCCUCCACAACCCCAACCAGAGGGCUCACCACCAGUUCCCAUUUACAAUACGCCACUUUCUCCACCACCAACAUUCCCCCCGCAACCCCAACCAGAGGGCUCGCCACCAACUCCUGUUUACAAUAAGCCACUUUCUCCACCACCAACAUUCCCUCCGCAACCCCAACCAGAGGGCUCGCCACCAACUCCUGUUUACAAUAAGCCACUUUCUCCACCACCAACAUUCCCUCCACAACCCCAACCAGAGGGCUCACCACCAGCUCCUGUUUACAACAAGCCACUUUCUCCACCACCAACAUUCCCUCCGCAACCCCAACCAGAGGGCUCACCACCAGCUCCCGUUUACAAUACGCCACUUUCUCCACCACCGCCUUACGUUUACAAAUCACCACCUUCCCCAUCACCAUCGGCACCACCUCCCUACAUUUACAAAUCUCCAACUCCACCGUCUCCAUCCCCGCCACCACCCUACAUGUACCAAUCACCACCUCCUCCAUCACCAUCACCACCACCUCCAUACAUUUACAAAUCUCCACCUCCACCAUCUCCAUCACCCCCUCCACCAUAUUAUUACAAAUCUCCUCCACCACCUUCUCCGUCUCCUCCUCCGCCUUAUUACUACAAGCCACCACCACCACCAUCGCCAUCACCUCCACCACCCUACUAUUAUGAGUCACCACCUCCACCAUCUCCAUCACCACCACCCCCAUACUAUUACAUAUCGCCACCUCCACCAUCUCCAUCACCCCCUCCACCAUAUUAUUACAAAUCUCCUCCACCACCUUCUCCGUCUCCUCCUCCGCCUUAUUACUACAAAUCACCACCUCCACCAGUUAAGUCACCACCACCGCCCUAUUACUACAAAUCUCCUCCUCCACCAUCUCCAUCACCACCUCCUCCGUACAACUACAACGCACCACCACCACCGUACCAUUAUUAAGUCAGUCGCUGCCACCUAUGCCUCAACCCAUACUAUCUAAGGCCUGCAGCUUAAUUAAUAUUGCAUCAGCUUGAAUUUCCGCAAGAAUAAGUAAUUCCAUUUUCUGAAGUUGUGUUUGAAGGCAUUUUCGACAUUGUUUUUCAAUUUUUAAUUUAAACAAGUUUAUUUGUGAAUAAGAAGUCCGCACAGUGGAGAUACUUCUUUGAGUAAUUUUUUUGUUUUUGUUUUUGUUUUGUGCAAAGCUUUCUUUUCACUAUCAAUUUAUUGUAAUAAGCAAUGAAACGAUGAAUGUCAAAUGCUAAGAGUAGCCUUAUUAUGCUCA